CCAAUGAUAUUCCUAAUUGUGGUGGACUGGAUUAUGCGUCAGACAGUGAGUGGGAAACGAGAAGACAGGGAUAUCCUGGACCGACGUGAAGAACCUAGAAGACCUGGAUUUCGCGCGUGGAUGAUUUAUGUUUGAUGUCACACAAAAUCGAAGACUUACAAGCGAAAACCGACCGACAAAUUGGUCGAAGAAGCAGCCAGCGAAGACAGGACUCCAAGUGAACAUAGACAAGACGGUGGUUAUGAAAAUAACCAGCCAACAACAAAAACAGCAGCAACAUCCAGCGUCAAUCACCAUCAACGGGAGGGAUUUGAAAGAGGUCACUUCAUUCACUUAUCUAGCAUUGAGAAUUGUCUCAACUACAGGAGGAACGGACCAGGAUGUCAAAUCGAAUGAGAAUCGGGAAGGCGAGAAACACAUUCAUCAACCUGAAAUCAAUCUGGAAAUCUUCGUCACUCAGCCAGAAUCAACAACAAAAUUCAGUCGGAUUUUCAAUACAAAC